CCACAAGUGCCCUGCCCCACAAAUUACGUGCCCCACAAGUAACACCACCUGUGGUUGACACCUCCCAUGGUUGACACCCCCCAUGGUUGAUGCCCCACGGGUGCCACGUCCCAUGGGUUCUCCAGCCCCAUGGGUUCUCCAGCCCCACUGAUUCCCCUGCCCCACGGCUCCCCUGCCCCACGGCUUCCCCUGCCCCACGGCUUCCUGCCCCCCAGGUGGAAGCCGCAGCUGCAGGAGCUGCUGAAGCUGCCGGCCUUCAUGAGGGUGUCCUCCACCGGGAACAUGCUGAGCCACGUGGGACACACCAUCCUGGGCAUGAACACCGUCCAGCUCUACAUGAAGGUGCCCGGCAGCCGCACCCCCGGUCACCAGGAGAACAACAACUUCUGCUCCGUCAACAUCAACAUCGGCCCCGGGGACUGCGAGUGGUUCGCGGUGCACGAGCACUACUGGGAGACCAUCUCCGCCUUCUGCGACAAGUGAGGGCGGGG